CAUCCUAGCUAGAAAACUUGCAAGCGACAAGCGCCUCAAAAACAUAAUACGGAUAUACCGACCCCUUUUUUCUUGCCAGCUAGCUCGCUGCCGAAUACAAAAUCGAAAUUUCUUUCGAGCCGAGCCGUUUUUUUCGAUCAAAUAAAACGAUUUGCGCAUUUACUCGCGUUAAGCACAAACCGCAAACACUGCGAACAGCAUUUGCAUUUACGCGAGUAUCUCGAUUGUCCUUUUUUUUUUCGUCGUCAAAUUUUAUUCAUCGUACGCGAGUGAUGGUUGAAUUUUUUCCAACGAAGAACUAAAAAAGCGAAUGAUAUAUUUUCGAAUGCGUAAAUCACGUUCGUAGCGAGUUGUCGUUGUGAUAGUGCAUGUGCUAAACGUAUAAGGCGUAUCGACGGUCAACAUGUCGUCGACUGAUAAUUGUGCAAAAACCAUGGUCACGCGGCGUGUUACAUGGAAUCCGGAAGAAACUAAGAUACUCAUCAGCUUGGUAGGAAAGCGUUCGACACAGAAUGGUAAACUCACGAAUGCCGAAACCUAUCAACAAGUUUCUGAACAAAUGCUCAGACUAGGACACAAGAAAACACCCGACCAAUGUAAAAUCAAAUGGAAACAUUUGAAAAAUUUCUACUACGAGGCUCGCAAAAAGAUGACCGACCAAGAACGUUACACCAUUUGCCCAUUUUACAAAGAAAUACGAAACGCCGUAGGUUCGCCCACAUCGUCAAUUUUCAACAACAGAAGAUCAGCUAAUCAAAAACAAACAAUCAAAACUAAGCAACGGUCGAUUCGCGCAGAUAAAGGCUUCGCAAACACGUUGUACGAAUCGCAACAACAAAACGGCAAAUUCAACGAACCCGCCGUCAAUACUUUUUCCAGCAUUGAAACGGCCAAAUUUCCCGCUCGUAAUUUACGCAAUAUUUCCAGCAGUGUAACCGUUUCACCAUGUUCGCCUGUUGAAGCUGAAAAAGUCGUAAAUUCAAAUUCCUCUGCCCGAAGUAAACAGUUUAAUAAAAGUCAGCCUUUAGACAUUGAUAAAGACUACGGCGGUCAGAAAAAUCUCGGCGAAUUUCAACAUAACGAACACGAUAGCUUUUUAUCGCUUUAUUCUUCGAAUUUGUUGGCGACUUCAUCGAACCCUACAUCACAAAAUUGUCAAGAUUGCAAAGAUAACGAUUACACCGGUAAAGAAACUUCGUCACCAACGUAUUCGUUAGAUUCAUUGCGAACGAAUCGUUCGACGUAUUCUCCGGAAGUAUGCAUUAAAUGGAACUCGUAUCAAAUCAACAUGCAAAACACUUUGCCACUUUUACUGGACGGAGAUAAGUUUGUAGAUGUAACUUUAGCCUGCGAAGGUAAAUUUUUAAAAUGCCAUAAAUUGAUACUAUCCGCUUGUUCGAUCUACUUCGACGAACUGCUAAGCCAAGCAACCAGCCAAUACCCGAUCAUAUUCAUGAAAGAUAUGAAAUUUUGGCAAAUACAAGCCAUCAUAGAAUUCAUGUACCGAGGCGAAGUGAACAUCGCGCAGGAACGCUUAUCGUCUUUAUUAGCUGCAGCGGAAGCAUUACGAGUUAAAGGACUGGCAGCGCCGAGUAAUCACGCAUCGAAUCCGAUCGACUCGCCGAAACUUUACUCUUCGGUAAAACGUAAUCGUAAACGCAAGCAUCAUACAACUUGCGAAGGUUCGGAUAACAAAUUACAUAACGUAUACCAGGAAGCUGUCGACAUGUCUAGGAUGAGUAAAAAUCAAAAUUUUCCAGCGGUAAAUAAUCAAUGCGACGGAAGUGACGAAGAACGGCCUUAUUUCAAAUCCGACCAGUUUUCGGCUUCGGAUAAAGAGCCAGAAUCGGAAUCAUCUUGCAUUACGACGAUAAUAUUGCCCGAUCAUAAUUAUCAGCAAAAUAAUUCGUGCAAACUGCCCGAAUAUAAUCACGAUCAAUACGAAAAUAAUCUGAGCAAAAAUGAUCAUUACGAAACUGGUCACAACGACGACUUACAAACGGAAUGUAAAAAUCAUCACGACCAUAUGUACAGCAAGCCGCAAGAUAUACGAAAUCAACAAUGUACUUUAACAGAGCUCGAAACCAACGAAGAAUGUACAAAUAUUCACGAUAAUACCAUAUUUUAUUCGUAUUUAUCCAUCGACGAUAGUAGCUCGAGUAAAGCUUGACUCGUUUGGUACAUUUCGAAAGAGCAAUAAUGCAACGCUGUCGAUUAAUAAAAUUACCACGAUGCUGUAAUAUUUGUUCUAAAUAAAAAUAAAUUUUAAGAAAUCAACGCA